AUGGUUUCUCUCAUCACAGAAUCCACGGUUCAAGCUCUUGGGCUAAAGAAAAUUCCAAAUAAGGUUCGUAUUUCUGGAGUAGGAGGUCAGGAAGAUUCUUUAGCGUCAAGAUCUAUGGUAGAAGUAAAAAUCAGAUCAAUUUAUAAUCCCAAGUUUACCAUGGUCGUUCAAGCGCACGUUCUCGGUAAGCUUACAUCUUUUCUUCCAUCAAGGAGAGUCAAUGUGCAGUUGUGGCCAGAGCUUUCGCACUUGCAAUUGGCUGAUCCAAAAUAUGAAGUCCCAAACAAAAUUGAUCUGUUGCUUGGUGCGGAGGUGUAUGCCCAGGUACUGGAGGACGGCAUGAUAAAAGGUCCCCCUGGAUGUCCGUUAGCACAGAAAACGCAUUUAGGGUGGAUAUUAUCUGGGCACAUUCAAUCAGAAAUAUUAGAUUCUGAAACGCACCAACAACCGAGAGUGAUCGUCAGCAUGCACGCUGGAUGCAAUGAAGAUGAACUACUAAAAAGGUUCUGGGAAAUAGAAGCAGAGCCAUGUUUGGCAAGCCAUAAAAUAAUGACAAUCGAAGAAAAGGCGUGUGAAGAUAUUUUUGAGAGGACAACUAAGAGAGACAGGGAGGGAAGAUAUAUUGUCGACUUACCUUUCCGCCCCGAAGUGAAGCAUGAAUUUGGAGAUACGCGAAGUGUAGCGGUGCAAAGGCUAAGGAGUUUAGAGAAAAGAUUUAAGAACAUCGAACUGAAGAAUAAUUAUACGCAAGUGUUGAAGGAAUAUUUAUUGCUGGGUCAUAUGGAAAAGGUGCAGGAAGACUCGGAAGAGACGCGGAGACGUUCGGUAUGGUUACCGCAUCAUGCAGUAGUCAGACCAGACAAAAGCACUACUAAGACGCGAGUAGUAUUCAAUGCGUCAGAUAGAAGUGCUAAUGGUAUUUCGUUAAAUGAUACCCUGAUGGUUGGGCCAAGACUACAACCAGAAUUACGUCAUAUAAUCAUGAGAUGGCGUCUCCACCCGAUAUGCCUAAUAGCCGACAUCAUAAAGAUGUAUAGGCAAGUAAAGCUGAAAAGGGAGCAUACAGAUUAUCACCGAAUUGUGUGGAGAGACGACAAUAAUGAAAUCCAAGAUUAUCGUCUACUUACCGUUACCUUUGGCACUUCCAGUGCACCUUAUUUAGCUGUCAAAGCUCUCCAACAGGUAGCAGUCGAUGAGGGUGGGAGCUACCCCCUAGCUGCUGCAAAACUAAAAACAGACUUUUACAUGGAUGAUCUGUUAACCGGGUGUGAUUCUGAAAGGGAAGCAUUACGAUUAUAUGAAGAAAUGAAUGAAUUGUUAAGUAAAGGAGGUUUUAAGCUACAGAAAUGGAGUAGUAAUAGCAUGGAGGUAAUGGAAGGUUUUGAAGGAAAUAUAGAACAGGACAGGGAACUUAAGGAGGAUGACGUGACUAAAGUAGUAGGUCUCUUUUGGAAUCGCCGUACCGAUGACUUUAGUUAUAGAGUUCAGUUUUUAUCAGCGUCGCUUCCUGCAACCAAAAGAGAAAUUAUAUCAGAAAUUUGUCGACUGUACGAUCCUCUUGGUUGGAUCGCUCCAUGCAUCAUCACUGCAAAAAUAUUUAUACAAAAAUUAUGGAUGACUGGAUUUGGAUGGGAUGAUAAAUUACCGUCUGAACUUAUUAGUGAAUGGAUAACUUACCGUGAGGAAUUAUUUCAGCUAACAAAUUUCCAAAUACCGCGAUGGGUGCAAACCCGAAGCAAAGAUACAGUUGUGGAGUUACAUGGGUUUAGCGACGCUUCACAUGCCGCCUAUGCUGCUGUGGUUUAUAUUCGUUGCAUUUCUGAAGAUAAACAAAUUAAAACUCACCUGGUAGCUGCAAAAACUAAAGUUGCCCCGAUCAAGCAAAUCUCCAUACCUCGACUGGAACUCUGCGGUGCGGUGUUGGUAACUAAAUUAUUACUUGAAGUAGCUGAAGUAUUGAACAUACCAAUUUCACAGUUGCAUGCUUGGACAGAUUCCACCAUCGUCCUGGCGUGGCUUAGUGACCAUCCCAGUCGGUGGAAAACAUUCAUAGCCAACCGGACUUCUGAAAUUCUAAAUCAUUUAGAACCUUGUAAGUGGUCGUAUAUACAGUCCAAAGAAAAUCCCGCUGACUGCGCGUCACGUGGAAUACUACCUACUGAGCUAGUUGAUAAUAAUUUGUGGAAGUACGGUCCGGAUUGGUUAAGUAAGAUUGAUAUUCAGUAUGGUAAACCGCUUUCCAUAUGCACUAAAACUGACCUGGAAGAAAGAAAGGUUAGAGUACAUGCUGCAACUAAGGAGAACUGUGAAGAUAUAGAUAUAUUUUUAAAAUUUUCAUCUUUUACGAAGCUGGUGAGAGUAGUCGCCUACUGCAGAAGAUUCCUGAAAUUGAAGGAUCCCGUUGAAACUCGUACGAAAUUUCUACCUUACCUUUCAGCUGAAGAGCUCCGAGAUGCCACCAUGUGUUGUAUCCGUCAGCAUCAGCUUACCUGGUACCCUGAAGAAAUGAAGAAUCUGAAACAGAAAAACAUCAUUAAAAAGAGUAAAAUUGACAAUUUAAAUCCAUUAAUAGAUGAAUUAGGAAUUAUGAGGGUCGGAGGAAGGAUAGAAAAUUCUUACCUGAAGGAUAGCAGCAAACAUCCGAUGAUUAUAAACGGUGACUCCUGCUUGGCGAAGUUGAUUAUAGCCGAUGCUCACGCCAACACCAUGCACGGAGGUCCCCAGCUGACUAUCAACUACAUACGUUCAACGUAUUGGAUCACCAAAUUGAAAAAUCUUGUACGAUUUCACAUACACAAAUGCGUUAGAUGCAUAAGAAACGCGGCGAAGUUUAAAACUCAAUUGAUGGGCCAGCUGCCUGCCUGCCGAGUUACACCUCAAAAACCGUUUUUAUACUCAGGUGUUGAUUACGCUGGUCCCAUUAAUAUUCGCGUUUCGAAGGGUCGUGGCCAUAAAUCCUAUAAAGGAUAUAUUUGUCUCUUUGUUUGCAUGGCCACAAGAGCCGUUCAUAUAGAAGCAGUAUCCGAUCUUACUUCAGAAGGUUUUUUGGCAGCUUUCAAACGUUUUGUUGCUAGACGAGGUCGUUGUAUUCAGUUGUGGAGUGACAACGGUACCAAUUUUGUAGGUGCUUCUAAGGAGUUGCGGAAUUUGUUUGCAAUUGAGAAAUCCCAAAUGCCAGUUGACAUUGCAUCAUCAUUGGCUAACAAUGGUACAGAGUGGCGCUUUAUUCCUCCUCAUGCUCCAAAUUUCGGUGGAGUGUGGGAAGCAGGCAUAAAGAGCACUAAACAUCAUCUGCGUCGCGUAAUCGGCGAUUCUACUCUUACUUAUGAAGAGCUGGCGACGGUCUUGGUGCAAAUUGAGGCGUGUCUCAAUUCGCGACCAUUGUCCGUGGCUAGCUCCGACUCAGGUGAUCCCAACCCGUUAACACCGGGUCAUUUUUUAAUAGGGGAGCCAUUGAUUAUGGCUCCGGAUAAUGAUUUUGAAAACGAGAAAAUUUCCAAUUUGCGUCGUUGGCAGUUAACCCAAAGGAUGGUCCAGCAUUUUUGGAAGCGUUGGUCCCAAGAGUGUCUAACCCAAUUUUUUCAAAGGUACAAGUGGAAAGGCAAGGUUCCCGAUAUCAAGGUAGGAGACGUGGUCUUAGUUAAGGAGGACAAUUUGCCUCCUGCGAAAUGGAUGUACGGAUUGGUGGUAAAAUUACAUCCGGGUAAUGAUAAGGUGACACGUGUUGUCACAUUGAGAUAUAAGGGUUCUCACAUACAAAGACCGACUUCGAAACUAUGUGUGUUGCCCGUUAGAGAAACAUAA